AUGGCGGACGCAAACGAGAACGGGAACAAUCUGGAGCCGGAGAAGCGGGCGCUCCUAAACCAUCACACGGAGUCCCACUUCACCGCCGGCGAGAUCGUCCGCGACAUCAUCAUCGGCGUCUCCGACGGCCUGACCGUCCCCUUCGCCCUCGCCGCCGGCCUCUCCGGCGCCAACGCCCCCUCCUCCAUCGUCCUCACCGCCGGCGUCGCCGAGGUCGCAGCCGGCGCCAUCUCCAUGGGUCUCGGCGGGUAUCUUGCAGCUAAAAGUGAGGCAGACCACUACUCGAGGGAAUUCAAAAGAGAGCAAGCAGAGAUCAUCAGUGUUCCUGAUACUGAAGCGGCUGAGGUGGCAGAAAUAUUGGCACAAUACGAUUUAGAGCCACAUGAAUACUGGCCGGUGGUGAAUGCACUGAGGAAGAAGCCUCAAGCCUGGCUCGAGUUCAUGAUGAAGUUUGAGCUGGGAUUGGAGAAGCCAGACCCAAGAAGAGCAUUACAGAGCGCGCUCACGAUUGCUGUAUCCUACGUAUUGGGUGGAUUGGUGCCUCUCGGGCCUUACGCGUUGGUCCCAAGAGCCACAGACGCUCUGGUUGCAUCUGUUGUCCUCACUCUCAUUGCUCUGCUCAUCUUCGGCUACGUCAAGGGCCGUUUCACUGGUGAUAAGCCCUUCCGAAGUGCUCUGCAAACUGCCCUCGUCGGUGCCAUUGCCUCCGCGGCCGCUUUCGGCCUGGCCAAGGCUGUUCAGGCAAUAUAA